GAGAGCGUGUGUGUUGUGAGUGUAACGAGUGCGACAGAGACGAAAAGAAGAAAGAAUGACAGAAAAUGUUGUGAUAGCAAGACAGUUGUGAGAGAGGAAAGUAAAGGAAGAACGCAUGAAGAGAGCGAGAGAGAGAGAUAAAGAGAGAGAGUGGCAAGAGAGGCAUAAAGAGAAACACAGCGGAAGAUCUGAAGUGUAAAGAUUGAGACAAAGCCUUUUCUGCGCUUAACAACAACAAGGCAAAUCUGCCGGUCACAAAAAGCAAAGGAGUGCUCAAGGUCAUCCUCAGGGAAGGAGUGUGCGCUCAGCUCAAGGUCAUUGCUAGUCUUCCAAGAUGGCCUCCAUGCUUUCGAUGCAGAUCAAGUGCCCCAUAUGCCUCGAGGACUUCAAGAACCCAAAGAGCCUGCCGUGCGACCACAUUUACUGCCAGCUGUGUGUGCAGCGCCAUAUCCAGACCAGCACCGGGCCAAGCCUUUGCCCCGAAUGCCGGCACCCAUUCCAGAGCGACGACCUGAAGGACUGCAGACUCCUGGGAAGUGUAGUGUCUGCUGCCAGGGAUAACCUGAGGGCCCACAGGGCUCAUGGGGGUAUGGAGGGGCGCGAGGAGGGUGCAGCGGGGACCCCAGGGGUGUUGCUGUGUCGCGAACACAAGGAGGGUCUGAAACUGUUCUGCCUGACGGACAAGAGGCUGGUGUGCUCCAUCUGUAGGGACAGUGACAGGCACCAGGGACACCAGUUCAGGCCUGCCCCUGAAGCAGCCCCCAUCUUUAAGGAGGAGCUGACCGCCUCAGUGGACUUUGUGAUCUCUGAAAGAAUCAAGUUGCACAACCUGAAAAUGAAACAGACAGAAGAGAUUACAAAAACUAAGGAGAAGUCCAGAGCGCAGCGUGCGCGUAUCGCGGCCCACAGUGCACUGCUGGUGCGUGUGGUGCAGGAGCAGGAGAGGGCCAUGAUGGAGCAGGUGGCGACUCAGGAGCAACGUGCUCUUGACACCAUGCAGAGGCGCGAGACGGCCAUCGCCAACAGGCUGGCGGAGACAGACAAGCUGAUGAAAAGCCUGCAGACAGGACUGGACACCACCAGACCCGACGCCUUUUUACAGUGGUGGAGUGACAAGGGCCUUUUCCAAGUCCAAGAAAUGAAGUGUAAAGAAGCCGAAGGAGAGGGAAGGUACAAGUCCAGAACGGCAGACCUGAACUCUGUUCCUGACACCUUCAGCCGCGGCCCUUAUGAGUCCUUUGGACCCGUAUUCACCUGGAGGAACAUGCUCAGGUCCAUCACAGACGCUCUGGAUGUCUUGGUGACACUCGACCCCAACCUGAAACUGUUCCUCGAACACAAGGCUGUGCAUGUGCAGCGGGGAGGUGGUGGUGGUGGUAGUGGCAGUAAUAGGGGUGAUGCAUUCGCAUUCUACAUGCCCAGGAGGGGGGAGGGGGGAGGAUUUCGGGAUGGCUACCAGGACCGGGCACUGCAUUCAGGACGCUGCUAUUGGGAGGUGCAGGUGGGUUAG